AUGGCAACCUCGCCGGCAGCUUCCAGGAUCAGGCCGUCGCACGGCGAACCGUCCCCGCCGCUGAACCAAGAGCUGAUCGUCGACGAGAUCCUCACGCGCCUGCCGGUGGCCGAAGCCAUGCGCUGCAGAUCAGUCAGCCGGGCGUGGAACGCGGCCCUCGCCUCCGGCCACUUCGUCGCCGCGCACGCCGCCAGAGCAGCCGCCGCGCGCCACCCCGAGAUCGUCUUCUUCUCGCCGACAGAGAAGGGCGUCGCCACGUCCUUCUACGCUUGCUCGCUUCCCGAGGACGGAGACGCGCCGCCCGCCGCCGCUGCCCGCAAGCUGCUCAGCGUGGGCAACCUCGCCGGCGAGCACCUCCUGCUGACCGGCAAGCCAUGCCGUGGCCUGACACUCGUCUUCGACGUCCGGUUGUCGGAGUACCACGUCUUGAACCUCUCCACCGGCGAGCAUGUAUCCCUGCCGCCGUGCGAGACGGCGGAGGAGAUAGCACCGGUGGUUCCAAAGCUGAUGCUGCUCGAACGGCUUCCUCUGGAGCUCUCCAGCACCGGCCUCGGCUUCGACCCGGCCACCGGCCAGCACAAGGUGGUGAGGCUCUUCAGGAACAUCUUCGGGCAGCAGAAGUGCGAGGUGUGUUCGCUUACGGCGUCCGGCGAGUGGCGGUGGCGGCGCUGCGCCGGCGGUGACGCGCCGCCAAGAUUCGCGUGCUACGUCGACGGCCGGCCUCCCGUGGCCCUCGAGGGAUCCCUCUACUGGCUGCUGCACCGGCGAAGCUGCGCCUACGACGGCAGCGCCAGGGACCCGCAACAGGACGCGCCCAUCCUGUCGCUCUCCGUCGGCGCCGAGCGGUUCGGGUGGGUGCGCACGCCGCCGCGGCUGGCGUCACGCAUCCGGCACCUCACCAACCUCGACGGCGCCCUCUGCGCCGUCGUCCACGACCGCCUCGUCGACGACGUGCUCCUGCUCGUGACGUGGAGUCCAUCGUCGCCAUCGUGGUCUGCGCGCUGCCGCGUCGACGUGGGCAGCCUGCCCCGGCCGAUCCGGGACGAGCUCAGCGGGGAGCGGGAGAUCGUGCCGCUGUGCAGUGUGAAGAAGAAGAUCCUGCUGGCGACGAGCCGGCACAAGGUGUACGCCUACGACACGGAGCAAGGCGCCGCCGAGGAGGUGUUCGACAUGAAUAGCUUUGUCGACGUGCCGCCACACAACAGCGAGUCACGGCUGUUCGUCAACAUUGGACUCCACGAGGAACGCAUCGGCCCGAAGUUGGCGGGUGACCACUGGCUACAGGUGAAGCGGGGACGAGACGUGGUGAUCGGCAAGCGGGAGGCGUCGUCGUCGGUGUACCAUCUGGAACAUCGGGAGCAGGACGAGGAUUUUCACAGGACGAGGGAGGUGAUCAUGCAGCUUGCAUUUCCAGUGUAG